UCUCUCACUAGAUCGCACGCGUUCAAAGCUCUUGUGCGGCUUUCCCCAUCGGCUCUCCGCAGACACUGCCGCGUAAGAGCUGUCAAAGCGGUUUGUUUUGAUUGUGGGAAGCUUUUGCCUGUCCCGCAGUGGGAAAGAAAUCUACGAAAUUUCUACUGCCUUCGCACUCGAAUAGGAGUGGGAAGGUGUCUGUGUGUGUGUGUGCCUUUGUUUGUUCUUUCAUUUGCAUCGUUUACUAAACACAGGAAGCGCUCUCAUCUUAAAGAGAGUACGCCAGUACGCAUCAUGGUGACGACGGUGGCAGCAGGCGAAAAAGAAAGAUCCGGUUCGGAACAAGCAGCUGAAAAUGUGUCGAAAAUGAGCAGUAGGAAGAGCAAGGCAGAUGAGCCAAGUGACAAAAGUGAACCAAAAAGCUGGUGGUGGCUGCUCUUUGGAGUGAUUCUGCUGCUGACUAUCGGCACGCGCUUCUACAACGUCACCGUGCCGGACCACGUGUGCUGGGAUGAGACACAUUUCGGCAAGAUGGGCAGCUGGUACAUCAACCGGACGUUCUUCUUCGACGUGCAUCCGCCGCUCGGCAAGAUGCUGAUCGGUCUUUCCGGCUACCUUACCGGGUACGAUGGCACCUACCCGUUCGACAAGCCCGGCGAUAAGUACAACGGUACCCACUACGAAGGAAUGCGUAUCUUCUGUACGGCGCUCGGGGCAGCAGUCGUGCCGAUGUCCUUCCACACCGUCUGGGACAUGACGGGCUCGCUGACCGCGUCCACGUUUGCGGCCGCCUACAUCCUGUUCGACAUUGGCAUGCUCAUCCUGAACCGCUACAUCCUGCUCGACCCGCCGCUGAUCUUCUUCAUGACCGCCUCCGUCAUGGGGAUGGCGCGCGUGUCGCGGCUGACCCGCGAGGCGGCCAGCUUCACCCGCGCCUGGUGGGUGUGGCUCGCGUUCACCGGCGCGAUGCUGGCCUGCACCAUUAGCGUGAAGUUUGUCGGCCUGUUCGUGGUGCUGCUCGUCGGCCUGCACACGGCCAGCGAUCUGUGGGACGUGCUCGGCGACCUUUCGCUGCCCAUCACGCACACCGUCCGGCAGCUGGCGGCCCGUGCCGUUACGCUGAUCGUGCUGCCCGUCCUGCUGUACGCCAGCUUCUUCUACAUCCAUCUGGCCGUGCUGAACCGCAGCGGCAGCGGCGACGGGUUCUACAGCUCCGGCUUUCAGUCGAACCUGGUCGGCAACUCGCUGUACAACGUGUCGAUGCCGCGGCAGGUGGCUUACGGUGCGGUCGUGACGCUGAAAAACCACAAGACGGGCGGCGGCUACCUGCACUCCCACAAUCACCUGUACCCGAAGGGGUUCGGGGCCCGCCAGCAGCAGGUCACGACGUACAGCCACAAGGACGAGAAUAACCGGUGGCUCAUCAAGCCGUACGACAAGCAGACGGUCGAGAACGUGACGCUGAUCAGGCACGGCGAUUUGGUGCGCCUCGAGCAUGUGCAGACGCGGCGCAAUCUGCACUCGCACCGUGAGCAGGGACCGGUGACGAAGAAGCAUCUGCAAGUUACGUGCUACGGAGAGGAGGGCCAAGGAGACACGAACGACGUGUGGAUGGUGCAGAUCGUGGGCGGCAAGGCGGGCCAGGUGGUCGAAACCGUUACGAGCCGGCUCACCUUCUACCACUACAUUGAGCGCUGCGUGCUCACCACCACCAACAAGCAGCUGCCCAAGUGGGGCUUCGAGCAGCAGGAGGUGACCUGCAAUCCGAACAUUCGCGACAAAGCCGCCCAAUGGAACGUGGAGGACAAUCAGUUUGACAAAUUGCCGAGCGUUAACUUUCAGGUUUAUGCGCCCGGCUUCAUUAGUCGCUUCUUCGAGUCGCACGCCGUCAUGCUGCAGGGCAACGCCGGGCUGAAGCCGAAAGAGGGUGAAGUCACCAGCCGACCGUGGCAAUGGCCCAUCAACUAUCGGGGUCAGUUCUUCUCCGGUUCCGACCAUCGCGUGUAUUUAUUGGGCAACCCAAUCAUCUGGUGGAGCAAUUUGGUAUUUUUAGCACUCUUUUUAAUCAUCUUCGGCGUGGAGAUUAUCAGAUAUCAACGCAACUCGGCCGCCAGCCCACCGGACACGGCCCGGACGUGCCCAGCCCCACCGGCAGCGGACGCUACCAAAUGGAAAUUGCUGCGCGCUGCUGUAUGGCUGUUUGGCGGCUGGUUGAUCCACUACCUUCCCUUCUACGCGAUGGGCCGCGUCCUCUACUUCCAUCACUACUUCCCGGCACUGGUCUUCAACUCCAUGCUCGCCGGUGUAAUGCUCGAUUACAUUACGGGCCGAUUGCCGGGCUGGUUGCGGCACGCCUGCCUGGGCACGGCGAUGGCGGGGCUGGUGUACAGCUUCGUGCUGUUCUCGCCCCUCGCCUACGGCAUGAGCGGUCCCUUCAGCCACGAACCCAACUCGACGCUGGCCUCGCUCAAGUGGCUGAGCAGCUGGGAGUUUUGAAUGCCCUUUACCCGUCCACCGUCCACCAACAUAGCGCGCUAUGGAUUAGUAGCUUACGAGUGGUGUAUUGGGGGGGGGGGGGGAAGGAAGGGAAACGGAUACCUUCGUCAUGGUGUGGAUUACCAAUGAGAAACAAGCGUUUGAUGAGGUCCAAUUGGGGAGUGCUGUGCAGUAUAAUUGCAUAUUGCGCCUCGAUGUAUGCAAUCGUGAACAUUCGAACGCCUAACGUUAUGCAAUUCGCUUCGCAAAGUUUUCUAUUUUUCGGUUGCAUCGCAUGGAAAAAAGGGACACAAACAAACUUUGAGAUUUUAGCUUACUGUUGUAGUCAAUCGUAUCCAGCAAUACUCGUUAAUGUCAAUAAUUUGUUAAUAAAUCCUCUUUUUACAAAUCA